GGUCAGUCAGAUCUUGUAUAAAUACAGGUCUUUCGACAUCUCCGCUCUCAUGUUACAUCAAAAAGUCGUCAUAACACAAUGAAGUUGUGCAUCCGCUUAUAUCUUGUGGUUAUUUUUUGUCACGCGGAACCUUUGCCUAGUCCGAAUCCUGGACUUGUGCAUAAUUUUAAAACCAUCUUGGACGUGAUGCUAGAUACCGGAUUAGGAAUGCUAGCACGUUCCACAACAAUGGAGCACCGUUUAACGAAGAAUGUUGUGUUUAGUCCCAUUAGUUCUAUUGUUCUCACAGCAGAACUCAUGUUAGGAAAGUCAGAGAAGUUGCCCGCGUCAGAGUCUGAUCUUCACCAACAACUCGGGGAAUUACUUCAGUUAUUGGAAAGCGCUCCAAAUGCUACUAAGCACUUUAGGGUAAAGCGGCAAGACGCCGUUUUUGUCAAUAAGAACAUUACGUUGAGUAGAAAUUAUGUUAAAAAAUUACGAAAUUUGUAUGAAACGCCGGUUCACUAUGUAGAUUUCAAGGAAGAUCCAGAGGGGGCACAAAGGGACAUAAAUUCCUGGGCUUCCGUGAACACCCAAAACCACAUCCGAUCCGUUUUACCCUCACCUCCGCCUCCUGCAACUUCCUCAAUUUUCUCAAGCGCCUGCUACCUUCAAGCUGACUGGCGAACGCCCUUCGCCUACGCCCUAAACAAAUCGCAAUUCUUUAACUUAAACUCCACCAGAAAGGUUCCAAUAACUUAUUUGUUCCAACAAUUCAAUCAAAUCAUCUACGGCGAAUCAAACGAUUUUCUCGUAGCUGCCCUACCAUACACCGCAGAGGAAGUCAGGAUGUACAUAAUUUUACCAAACCAUCAAAGCCGUUACAAAUACGAUCUAAAAGCGUUCAUCUCCCGAAUUUCCUUCGAUGACGUUCAAGAAACUAUCGCUAAUGCUCAACGACACGACUUAUUGGUCAAAAUCCCUAAGAUGAGUUUAUCUCGAAGUUUCAGCGUUCGGGAGGAUUUGAAGGAGAACGUGGGGCUUAAACAAGAAAAUAUAGAUCUGGAAGGCGCUGCCGUUGGUGGAUGGUUGCGUGUUGACGAUGUCAUGCAUCAAGUGGUGGUAGAUUUUGAUCAAAAAGACGUUGAGUACUCGAAUGUUGACGUACUGGGUAGUACUUUGGUGGGUGGGGUGAAGAAUUUUUUUGUGAAUAGACCGUUUUUGUUUUUUGUGAGACAUGAAGCCACGACUGCGAUGUUGUUUAUAGGGGCGGUUUGUGACCCCCGUGUUGUUUAGUCGUAUUGAUACGGUGUACCAUAAUGCGGUACUGCUUCGAUAUCACACACAAUGGACAUAAAUCUUGUGCGGUAGACGGUGGAUUUAUUGCGAAGUGUAACAGCGAAACUGAAGACUAAUAGGUUGCAAGAACAUUCCGACAGGGUAUUUGUUUGCAAUCGUAAUGUACGUAGGUAGAGCUACGUUUAUCCAACUAUGACACAAUUUUUUUAUUUAUUCGGUUAUUUAUGUGUUGUGCAAGAAAUUAAGUCUAAUAAA